AUGUUGGCACCAUUGAUACAUAUAUCCCAAGGGCAUCGAACAGCAUCAACAGGUAUCAUACCGCCAAGCACAACACUUGGCCUCACAAUCGGCAAUGUGCCAAAUCCUACUUUCGGCAUGCUGAUUGGUAAUCCACCAAUAUUAUCGGAUCUGCCGGCAGUAACUGCAGUGCUGGUGUAUCAGCCACCAGUGAAUAAUCAACAUAAUCAAAAUAUGCAGCGUCCAUAUGUGCAGCCGAUCCUUCUAGUGAGAGAUCAGCAAGAAGUGUUGGGUAACCAAAAUCCAGGUAGAAACGCAAGGAUCAAUAGGGCUCAGAUGUUGGCUUUAAUACAAGCUGAAUUGGCACAAGGUCGCAGACGUGCUCGGCCGGUAUAUAGAAAGCCUUAUCCUGAUUAUGUUGAUGCUCAUGAGUUGCCUAGAAAUUAUCGGUAUCUCGAUUUUUCUAUGUACUAUAGCGAAGAGAAUUUUUUUAUGGUGCAGCACAUUGCAAGGUUCACAGCACAAUGUCUUGAAACAGGUCCUAAUCCUUGGUUGAGGAUGAGGUUAUUCUCUAGCUCUCUUGCUAGGGCUGUAUUUGAAUGGUAUAGUAAUUUACUAGCAAAUUCUAUCCAGACAAGGGAUGAAAUGGAAGAAGCUUUUCAUACUCAAUUCUACCGAACAGAGAUAGAAGCUACGCUGGCAGACAUAUCUCGACUAUCUCAGUUGCCGAGCAAAUCGAUUGAAACUUUUGUUGCUAGGUUCAGAAAAGCUAAACUCAAAUGCAGAGUAAGUUUGCCAGAACCAGAAUAUAUCAAGUUGGCAUUAAAUGGUUUAGACAUUGAACAUCGCAAGAGGUUUGAUGGGGUUGAGUUUCAAGAUCUCUUUGAUUUAGUAGACAGGGCUUCUCAGUUUGAGGAGAUACUUAAAGAAGAGAAAGAGAGGAAGAAUUCCUCUAAGGGUACUUAUUAUAAGGACCCUAAUUAUGAGGUAUUCUCGGCAGAAGUUGGAGAUGAAUUAGAAGUUAACGUUGCUGAGGUCAAUAUCAAGAAGCCAUACAUCUGUGAGGCAUUGGUCAAAUCUAAGUCAAUCAUGGGGGGCAAUGCAACAUCAAUAUCGGCAGCAAGGAAAGGUCCUGCUGAUAUAGGGAAAAACUACUCGUUUGACUUAUCAAAAACAGAUCAAAUCUUUGAUCAUUUGAUGGCCGACAAAAUGAUCUCUUUGCCUAAAGGGCAUAAGAUUCCAUCAGCAAGUGACCUCAAGGGAAAAGAGUAUUGUAAGUAUCAUAACUCUUGGAACCAUGCUACUAAUGAUUGUAUUGUUCUACAAGGUAUAUUGCAGAAAUCUAUUGAUGAAGGUACUUUAAAAUUCCCAGAGAAAACUUCAGACACUAUGAAGGUGGAUAUUAAUCCGUUCCCUACAAUCAAGUCUACAAAUGUGAUAAGCUUAGCCAAGUGA